AUGAAGCUCCUUUUCAUCGCUCUGAUGGAGGUGGUGGAGUGCCUCCUAUUCCCAGACAUCACAGGAUGGAACAACUUCACACUGGUCGAAGAGCCCUUCCUUCCAACGGUCAAAGAGCUAGACGACAUGGAGGAACCCGAGACCACCGCGAGGUGGCAUGUUUGGACGCUGAUUAUGCUUGGCAUCGCCUUCCUUGUGGCCGUCACUGGCACGUUGAUCCUGAAAUGCGCUGAACGUGGGACACAGACAGAUCCUGCCAGACCAGGCGGCGAUUAUGCUACCGUGAAGGUGGCCUCGCGCAUGGUCUCCCGUGCAGAGGAACAGGACAAUACAAUUGAGCGAUCCACCGUGGCCGUGUCCUUCAAGCCUCGCACUCUCAAGGUGCUCCUUGCGAUUUCUCUGACGAUCACUUUCUCUAGCUGCUUCGCCGCUUUGGCCUGGAGCAGCCGCACCGGGAGGUUGUCGAAAGACUAUGGCGCCGACUGGGAGGUGUAUGCUGGCCUCCUCGCGAGCAGUGGCCUGGCACUGGUCUUGCAGGCUCUGAUCAUGGCACGGCGCCUUCCUCCCGGCGAGAAGUUCGGAAUUACUGCUUUCGCCCAGGCCUGCAUCACCGGCAUGGCCCCUGUCCUUUCGGACCAAUACGAUACCAUGAAGGACGUCAUGUUCGCCUUUCUCUGCAUGGAAUCCGAGCAUGUGGAGAUUCAAGCCAUGGGCGUUUUCUCCCUGCUGUGGCUGGUGGGCGUCCACGUGGUCUGCUUCGCCUACGAGGACACUACAGCGGAGCUUCUGACCUCGCACCUCUCCGUGUUGCUUCUCACUCCAGACACAGGAGCCGACGUGGCUUUCCGGGACGAGCUCCGUGUGCUGCUGUAUAAGCAGCUCACGCCAACAAAAAGGUUCCUCCUUCUCCUCGAGAACGUCCCACAAGCCAUCUGCGCCAUCAUCUUCUUGCGCUAUGAGGGAGGAUCCGUCGUCGUGACUGUGUUGAGCUUGGCAAUUCCGGCGCUGCAGAUUGGGCUGGCGUUCCUGCUUUACAGCACGGUCCGUGCGCAGGUCGCUCCCUACUUCGGGCGCAGGCUUCGAGCACUGGUAAGGGCCGGGGACAAGCUGCUAGCGCAGCGCCUCUGGCGCGAGGCCGACUUUGAAUCCGACAAAGGACUCUUCCGGCAAGCCGUGGCGCUCAUGCACAGCAAGGACAUCGGUUCGCAUCGAGACGAUGAUGUCAUCUCGCUUUGGAAGGUCGCGCUGGGCAUGCACCACGGACCCAGCGAGGAGCAAUGGAACUUGAGUGACCUCGGCCUGAAGGACGAGCUGCCUCUCGUGGAGGCCUUCUUUGCCGAGCUUGCAACGGCCGAGUGCCAGAAGCUGGACAUGGACCUCUCGCAUAACGAGCUAGGCGCGGAGGGCGCCCGUUCCUGGGCCGGCGCAUUCGGCGGGCUGGUCGAGCUGCAUAAGCUCACUUUGAACUUGAAGGGCAACUCGCUUCGCGAUGCAGGCACAAGAACUUUGGCCACGGCCUUCUCCAGCUCGUCGCAGCUGCAGGAUUUGUCCCUGAACCUGGAGAUGAACGACCUCGGCGAAGAGGGCGUGCUGUCCUUGUUGGAGGCCCUCCGAGCCACCCGCCCAGCAGCGGGCCAGCUCGAUCUGGGUGACUGCGACAUCGGAAAGAGUGCUGUCACGCUAGCCAGGGCCGUCCGUUCCGGGGAGGUCAGUUGCCGCGUGACCCACCCAGUGGUGGAGAUGUUGCUCCGCGAGGGCUUCAAGGACGAAGAGGCGGGGAAGCUCGAGCUGGGCCUGAGCAGCAAAGAAGACCUCGGCCCGCUCUGCCAAGCUCUGCCACAUCUCCGUCUGCGAGAAGUCAAACUCCACCUCGCAGACCUCGGACUGGGCGAUGCAGGGGCGAAGACCCUGGCCGCGGCAGUCUCGAGCGUCACGAAGAUGGAGGAGGUGUCCCUGAACCUGGAGAUGUGUGACCUAGGCGCGGAGGGUGCCGGUGCCCUCGCCAGCUCCAUCGGCAUGCUGGAGAAGAUGCAGAAGCUCAGCCUGAACCUGAAGGGCAACAAACUCUGCGAUGCAGGGGCGAAGACCCUGGCCGCGGCCGUCUCGAGCGUCACGAAGAUGGAGGAGGUGUCCCUGAACCUGGAGAUGUGUGACCUAGGCGAGGAGGGCUUGCUCUCCUUGCUGGAGGCCCUCCGAGCGACCAGCCCAGCGUCGACCCAGCUCGACCUCGGCGAAAGCGACAUCGGAAAGAAGGGCGUCUUCGCGCUGGCCAGGGCCCUCCGUUCCGGGGAGGUGAAGGGCCGGGUCACUCAUCCGGUGGUGGAGUUCUUGGCCGAGUUGGAGGACGAACAACUCAAAGAGCUCGAGGAAGCGCCGCAGAAGCUGAAGCUUGAUCUCAGCGCCGCCGGCGGUCGCGAAGCCGAAGCCGAGAGGUUCCGGCGGCUCUUGGGACCGCUCUGCCGGGCGCUGCCGAAGCUCCCGGAGCCGCUGCGAGAGCUGUGGCUCGACCUCGGCUUCCACGGCGACGCCUUCGGCGCUGCCGGGGCCCGGGCCCUGGCCGCGGGCCUCCGGCACCAAAAGGAGCUGCAGGACCUGAGGUUGGGGCUGUUUGGCAACUCCGUGGGCGACCAGGGCACAGAGGCCUUGGCCUCCGCCCUCCGCGAGCUGACGCAGUUGAAGAAGCUCGUGUUGAGGCUGGACGCAAACAACAUCGGCGAUGCCGGCGCCACCGCACUGCUGGAGAGCUUUUCUGAGCUGCGGCAGCUCAAAGACCUCGAAGUUGGUCUGGUAAGCAACGAGCUCAGCCAGGAGGAGAAGCAGAAGCUCCGGGCCGCCUUCGAUUCACUGCCGGUGGCCGAGAAGGAGAUCGAGCUUUGA